AUGACAAAGGGAAAUACGAAGAAAAAAGAGUUGUCAAAUAUAAAUAAAAAGGGUGGACAAAUUAGUAAAAAAAAAAUACACAAAAAGAAUAAAAAUAAGAGUGGAAAUAAGAGUGAACAUAAGAGUGGAAAUGAGAGUGGAAAUAGGGGUUACGGUAUACGAAAUGAAAAGGAAAAUAAAAAUGAUAAUGUAAAGAAAGAGGAAAUUAGACAAUUUUCAAAAAACCAAAAAUUAAUUGCAAAUGUUUCCAAUAAAAAUAGUAAUUAUUUAAAAAAAAAUAAAAAUGAGAAUAGUUCAUUUGGUAUAAUACAUCACCAUGGGAAAUACUAUGAUGAUGAAAAUAUCAAUUUAGAAAAAAAUAAACAAAAAUAUAAAAAAAAAAAAAAAAUUGAAGGUACACCAGAAGAUAUAGCUAAUGCAUCGUUAUUUCGAUACAUAAAUGAAUAUAUGUAUACAAAUAGUAGUGAAAUUGUAAAAAAAAAAUUAAGUGAAACGAAAAAUAUUUUUAAUAUAUAUCAUUCUGGAUAUAAUAAACAAAAAAAAAAAUGGCCUAAAAACCCUGUAGAUAUAAUUAUAAAAUAUUUAAAAAAAAAUUAUACAAAAGAUUCAAAGAUAGCAGAUUUAGGAUGUGGAGAAGCACAAAUAGCUAAAACAUUUACAGAUUGGUCAAUAACAUCUUUUGAUUUAAUUCAAUAUAAUGAAUAUGUAACAGUUUGUAAUAUAACACAAUUGCCUCUUGAAAAUGAUUCAUAUGAUUGUUUUGUUUUGUGUUUAAGUCUUAUGAACACUGACUGGCCUAAAGUUAUAUAUGAAUCUGUUCGUUGUUUAAAAAAAGGGGCAACUCUAAUAAUUGCAGAUGUCGUUAGCAGAUUUACAAACUACAAAGGAUUCUUAAAUUUUAUGCAUGGUGUUGGAUUUUCACUUCAUAAUAAAAUAAAUAUGGAUGAUUUUUUUCAUGUAUUAUUUUUUGAAAAUGUUAAAAAAAAAGAUAAAGUACCAUUUAUUGUAACUGAUAAAAUUAUUAACAAUACUUCAAAAUUGUUAUCCCCAUGUAUUUACAAAAGAAGAUAA